ACUCGGUACCCGCUGUCUUGCCAGAUGACUCGUGCCCGCUGUCGAGCUUGAUGGCUCGGGGGCCCGCAGUCGUGCCAGAUGACUCGGUGCCCGCUGUCUUGCCAGAUGACUGUGCCCGCUAUCGUGCCAGAUGACUCAAUGCGCGCUGUCUUGCCAGAUGACUCAGAGCCCGCUGUCAAGCUUGGUGACCCGGUGCCCGCGGUUCUGCCAGAUGACUCGGAGCCCGCUGUCGCGCCAGAUGACUCGGAGCCCGCUGUCUUGCCAGAUGACUCAGAGCCCGCUGUCAAGCUUGGUGACCCGGUGCCCGCGGUUCUGCCAGAUGACUCGGAGCCUGCUGUCGCACCAGAUGACUUGGAGCCCGCUGUCGUGCCAGAUGACUCUCCCUCCAAUGGCCUCCAUUCAGUGUCCUCCACCCCUCUCUGCCAAUCCCUCCACUGGCUUCCCGUUGCCCAA